AUGAAGCUGCUGGGGGAGAGCGCAGCAUCAGAGUCCCUGCAAGGAUAUCUUGAAAGGUCACUGUGUGGAGCUGAGAAGGUGACACUGAAGUUGCAGUGGAGAACCCAGGAUGUGGAGGUGGCAGGAACCAUGGAACUUUUGCAGGUUCUCUUUACAACUGAGGAAAGAGAACAAAUUCUAGCUGCUGCUCACAAGCUAGUUCCUGGACUUAACAGCCAACCCACAGACAUGCAGGCCGUCAUAGACACGGUUUUCCCCCUGACCCACCUUCACUGUGACCCCAACAACCUUGAAGUCAAGAGAUAUAGUUCUACAAGGUCCAAGUCAUUCCAGUAGUCAUCUCUUGGUAGUGACUCACAUGGUCAUGGGCAUGACCUGUCCACAGCAGGAAUAGGCCUUCUUGCUGCUGCUACCCAGUCUUUAAGUAUGCCAACAUCUCUUGGAAGGAUGAACCAGAGUACUGCAUGUCUUGCUAGUUUAAUGUAUCUUGGAAUGUGUUCUUCAUUGAAUCAACAAGAAGCUCAUAGGGCACUGUCUUUUGCUAGUACUUCUUCCCAUAACUUGCAGUCUAUAUUUAACAUUGGAAGUAGAGGUCCACUCCCUUUGUCUUCUCAACAUCAUGGAGAUACAGACCAGGCCAGUAACACUUUGGCCAGCUUUGGUCUGUCUACUAGAGAUUUAGAUGAACUGAGUUGUUAUCUAGGGGACAAGAUUACUCCUGAGAAUUUGCUCCAAAUCCUUCUACAGCUUAAAAGGAGGAGAACUGAAGAAGGCCCUAUAUUGAGUUAUGGUAGACAUGGCAGAUCUGCUACACAGGAGCCACCAUGCAGAGUACCUAAGAAUGAUUGGGAAGAAAAAAGGCACUUUAGAAGAGAUAGCUUUGAUGAUCGUGGUCUUAGUCUCAGCCCAGUGCUUGAUUAUGACCAUGGAAGUCGUUCUCAAGUAUCCGGUUAUUAUGACAGAUUGGAUUAUGAAGAUGACAGAUUAAGAGAUGGAGAAAGGUGUAGGGAUGAUUCUUUUUUUGGUGAGACCUCACAUAACUAUCAUAAAUUUGACAGUGAGUAUGAGAGAAUGGGACAUGGUUCUGGCCCCUUACAAGAGAGAUCUCUCCUUGAGAAAAAGAGGGGCACUCCUCCAAGUAGCAAUAUUGAAGACUUCCAUGGACUCUUACUGAAAGAUUAUCCCCAUCUGUGCUACAUAUGUGAUUUUCCAGUUCAUUCUAAUAAGGAGUGGAGCCAACAUAUCAAUGGAGCAAGUUACAGCUGUCGAUGCCAUCUUCUUCUUGAAAUCUACCAAGAGUGGAAUCCUGACAAGGAUACAGGACAUACAAUGGGUGAUACAUUCAUGUUGCAGCAGUCUACAAAUCCAGCACCAGGAAUUCUGGGACCUCCACCUCCCUCAUUUCAUCUUGGAGGACCAGCAGUUGGACCAAGAGGAAAUAUAGGUGCUGGAAAUGGAAAACUGCAAGGACCAAGGCACAUACAGAAAGGCACAGUGGAAACUAGCGGAGUUGUUCACAUCAUGGAUUUUCAGUGAGGAAAAAACUUGAGGUACCAACUACUACAGUUAGUUCAACCAUUUGGAGUUAUUUCAAACCAUCUGAUUAUAAAUAAAAUAAAUGAGGCUUUUAUUGAAACGGCAACCACAGAAGAUGCUCAGGCUGCAGUGGACUAUUAUACAACCACACUAGCAUUAGUACUUGGCAAGCCAGUGAGGGUGCAUUUGUCCCAGAAGUACAAAAGAAUAAAGAAACCUGAAGGAAAGCUUGAUCAGAAGUUUGAUCAGAAGCAAGAGCUUGGACAUGGGAUACACCUCAGCAAUUUACCCCCUUCUGGCUAUUCUGACAGUUCUGUCCUCAAACUUGCUGAGCCUUAUGGGAAAGUAAAGAAUUAUAUAUUGAUGAGGAUGAAAAGUCAGGCCUUUGUUGAGAUGGAGACCAGAGAAGAUGCAAUGGCCAUGGUUAACCAUUGUCUGAAGAAAGCACUUUGGUUCCAGGGGAGAUGUGUUAAGGUUGAUUUGUCUGAGAAAUACAAAAAACUGGUACUGAAGAUUCCCAACAGAGGCAUUGACUUGCUGAGAAAAGAUAAAUCCCAUAAAAGAUCUUACUCUCCAGAUGGCAAAGAAUCUCCAAGUGACAAGAAAUCUAAAACUGAUGGAUGUCAGAAGACAGAAAGUACCGCUGAAGGUAAAGAACAAGAAGAAAAGUCAGGUGAAGAUGGUGAGAAAGAUACAAAGGAUUACCAGGCAGAACAAGAACCCAGUAUGCUUCUUGAGUCUGAAGACGAGGUGCUUGUUGAUGAAGAGGAAGCAGCAGCUCUGCUACAAAGUGGCAGUUCAGUGGGAGAUGAGACUGACCUUGCUAAUUUGGGCGAUGUGGCAUCUUGUGGGAAGAAAGAGCCUUCAAAUAAAGCUAUGAAAACAGUGUCCAGUGCUUCAGCAGCAGCCAAGAAAAACAAGGUGGACAAGAUGGAGGAAUUUGAUCAAGACAAUGAUGCAGUGUUGGAAAAUGGAAUUAAGAAUGAGGAAAAUUCAGGAACAGGUGCUGAAUCUGCUGAGAAUGCUUAUGAUCUGAACAAAGAUGCGAGUGAAAACACAGAUGGCCAAAGUGAUGACAAGGAGGACUAUACAAUCCCAGAGGAGUGUAGAAUUGGACCAUAUCAGCCCAAUGUUCCUGUUGGUAUAGACUAUGUGAUACCUAAAACAGGGUUUUACUGUAAACUGUGUUCACUCUUUUAUACAAAUGAAGAAGUUGCAAAGAAUACUCAUUGCAGCAGCCUUCCUCACUAUCAGAAAUUAAAGAAAUUUCUGAAUAAAUUGGCAGAAGAAUGCAGGCAGAAGAAGGAAACUUAAGAUGUGCAAGAAGCUUAUUUCAAAAACACAAUGGUUCUUUGUUCUUAAUGUUAACCUUUUUAAA